UGAGCCUGUGGCCUUUGAACCUGCGUAUGUGUACGUGCAGAACGGAGCUACGUGUGUGAUUGUGGGGGCAAAUGUGUGGUUUUCUGGGCGCACUCUGCAGUUCCGUGUGCGACUGAAUGUGCGCACACAGGACUCCUGUGUGUGAUUGUGUGUGUGUGUGCAUACACAUGCUUGCCAGGUUCCUGUGUGUGUAUGCUUACGUAUCUGUGUAUUUGUGUAUCUUUGGAGAAGACAUGUGACCAUAAAUUUGGAGAAGUUAUGUCCUCGCUGGAACUCCCGCUUGUGCAGAGGUAGAAGGAGCUGCGGCACUUGUAUACAUGCGAGAAAGUGUAUUUGUCAGCUUGGGCGGCAUAACAACAUACCACAGACUGCUUGGCUUAAGCAACAGGAAUUCAUUUCUCACAGUUCUGGAGGCUAGGAAUCCAAGAUCAAGGUGCCAGCCCAUUUGGUUCCUCGUGAGAGCCCUCGUCCUGGCCUGCAGUCGGGCUGUAGACAAGCUCUGGUGCCUCCUCUUAUAAGGGCAUUAAUCCCAUCGUGAGGGCUCUCCCUUCAUGAUCUCAGCUAACCCUAAGUUCUUCCCAGAGGCUCCAUCUCCACAUGCCAUCAUCACAUUGAGGGCUAGUCCCUAGCAGAAAGUGUGUGACUGGGUUUCUGAGUCUGUGUUGGGCAUGCGUGUGCAUAACGUUCCUAAGGUAUGUAGCUUCCUGUGGCUGGGACAGUAGAAGGGAAGGAGGUAGAAGUGUGUAGGCUUUGGAGGACAGGUUUGAUCUACCUAAGUGGCCAAGGAGGAUGCUGGGGAGUGGGUGUUUCCCUGGCUGGUCAAACAAGGCGGUUCUUUGUUUGUGCCUUAAAGAGACAGGGCUCAUGGAGUGGCAGAGCAUGGUGGGUACCUGAGCUGGGGGUGGGGGCAGAACUGUCUCUCCCACAGGAAGACGGAGAGUUAGAUCAGAGAUGAGGGCAACCUCGCUAGAAGGCAGAGCCACAGAAGCUGAGCGGAGGCUGAGCCAGCCCAGGAGAAAGGCAUGUUGUGAAUCUGGGAGGACCGGAAGAGGAGAUUCCGAGUCAGCACCAGGCAGAGAGCAGGGAGGUGCCAGGCAGACAGGCAGAUAUGUGUCUGCCUCCUUCAAUCUCUGGGCCUAAGGCAGGCACCUGGGCCAGCUGAGAAGCCAUUGUAACCAUUUCCUUCCUGGGCCACUUUCCAGCCAGUCCCAGAGAACUUCACCGCGUCGGGGCUGGCCGAGGAGCGGCGCUGCGGCCGGCGACAGGAGCUGCUGGCCCGCGGCUGCCCCCCGGGGGAGCUGGAGGAGCCCCGCGGCCGGCUGGAGGUGCUGCAGGACCAGCCGCUGGGCCCGGGCACCCGCGGCGAGGGGGCCACGCAGCUGGCGCCGCAGCGGCUCCGGGUCACGCUGCGGCCCGGGGAGCCGCAGCGGCUCCGCGUGAGCUUCCUGCGGGCCGAGGGCUACCCGGUCGACCUGUACUACCUCAUGGACCUGAGCUACUCCAUGAAGGACGACCUGGAGCGCGUGCGCCAGCUCGGGCACGCCCUGCUGCUGCGGCUGCAGGAGGUCACGCACUCGGUGCGCAUCGGCUUUGGCUCCUUCGUGGACAAAACGGUGCUGCCCUUCGUGAGCACGGUGCCCUCUAAACUUCGCCACCCCUGCCCCACCCGGCUGGAGCGCUGCCAGCCCCCCUUCAGCUUUCACCAUGUGCUGUCCCUGACCGGGGAUGCGGAGGCCUUCGAGCGGGAGGUGGGGCGCCAGAACGUGUCUGGCAACCUGGACUCCCCCGAAGGUGGCUUCGAUGCCAUUCUGCAGGCUGCACUCUGCCAGGAGCGGAUUGGCUGGAGAAAUGUGUCCCGGCUGCUGGUGUUCACUUCAGAUGACACAUUCCACACGGCUGGGGAUGGGAAGUUGGGUGGCAUUUUCAUGCCCAGCGACGGGCACUGCCACUUGGACAGCAAUGGCCUCUAUAGUCGCAGCCCAGAGUUUGACUACCCCUCUGUGGGUCAGGUAGCCCAGGCCCUGUCUGCGGCAAACAUCCAGCCCAUUUUUGCUGUCACCAGUGCCACGCUGCCUGUCUACCAGGAGCUGAGUAAGCUGAUUCCUAAGUCUGCAGUGGGGGAGUUGAGCGAGGAUUCCAGCAACGUGGUGCAGCUCAUCAUGGACGCUUAUAAUAGCCUGUCAUCCACGGUGACCCUCGAACACUCUCCACUCCCUCCGGGGGUCCACAUCUCAUAUGAAUCUCAGUGUGGGGAUCCUGAGAAGAGGGAGAGUGAGGCUGGGGACCGGGGCCAGUGCAACCACGUCCGAACCAACCAGACGGUGAAUUUUUUGGUUACUCUCCAAGCUACCCGCUGCUUCUCAGAGCCCCAUCUUCUGAAGCUGCGAGCCCUUGGCUUCUCAGAAGAGCUGAUUGUGGAGUUGCACACGCUGUGUGAUUGUAACUGCGGGGACACCCAGCCCCAGGCUCCCCACUGCAGUGAUGGCCAGGGGCUCCUACAAUGCGGGGUAUGCAGCUGUGCCCCCGGCCGCCUGGGUCGACUCUGUGAAUGCUCUGAGGCUGAGCUGUCCUCCCCGGAUCUGGAAUCUGGGUGCCGGGCCCCCAACGGGACGGGGCCCUUGUGCAGCGGGAAGGGACGGUGUCACUGUGGACGCUGCAGCUGCAGUGGACAGAGCUCCGGGCGUCUGUGCGAGUGUGACGACGCUAGCUGUGAGCGCCACGAGGGCGUCCUCUGCGGAGGUACCUGCAGACUUUGGGAGAAGGGUGGGGGCGCAGAGUGGCUCCCAUGGGUAUUUAGGCUCUGGGAACUUCAUGGCCCUAAGGGCAGGUAUCGAGGAUUCUGGGGUAGGAGUUGCAGGUGCCUGGCCCACUUGGGAGGGAGCUGGAUGCACAGGAGCAGACCAGCUCCAGGCAGCCCGUGGUGGCACGUGAUGCCAGUGUGUGAAGAGUACGGGUGUCAGCCCGUGCGUGGCUCUGCCCCAGGCUUUGGCCGCUGCCGAUGUGGAUUGUGUCACUGUUACGCCAACCACACGGGCAGAGCGUGCGAGUGCAGUGGGGACACGGACCGCUGUAUCAGUCCCGACGGCAAUCUCUGCAGUGGGCACGGACGCUGCCAGUGCAACCGCUGCCAGUGCUCGGACGGCCACUUCGGCGCCCUCUGUGAGCAGUGCCCAGGCUGUGAGACGUCCUGCGAGAGAUACAGGGACUGUGCGGAGUGUGGGGCCUUUGGGACUGGUCCCCUGGCCCUCAACUGCAGCAGGGCUUGUGCCUCUGCCAACGUGACUCUGACUUUGGCCCCUAUUCUGGAUGAUGGCUGGUGCAAAGAGAGGACCCUGGACAACCAGCUGUUCUUCUUCCUGGUGGAGGAGGAAGCCGAAGACAAGGUCGUGCUGAGAGUGAGACCCCAAGAGAGAGUAGAUCACACCCAGGCCAUUGUGCUGGGCUGCAUGGGGGGCAUCGUGGCAGUGGGCCUGGGGAUAGUCCUGGCUUACCGGCUUUCUGUGGAAAUCUACGAUCGCCGAGAAUACAGGCGCUUUGAGAAGGAGCGGCAGCAGCUCAACUGGAAGCAGGACAGCAAUCCUCUCUACAGAAGUGCCAUCACGACCACGGUCAACCCCCACUUUCAGGAGGCAAGGAGUCCCCUUCUCUGAAGCGGGGGGAGGAACACUCCUCCCAGGGCUCUUCUUUCUUCUCAGCAGCCUGGUAGGGGACUACUGAGGAAUGGUCACCACCUACUUCAUUCUGACACCCGAGGGCUGCCUACCCCCGCAGCCUCGCUUCCCUACCUCACGAGUGGCGGUCAGCCCCUGCGCCCCCGUAUACAAUAAAGACUCUUACCUCAGAGCAUAGCGGUCAUCUUGCUUUACCCACGGCCAGAGCAGCCUGUGCAGCCUGGGCCUCGGUCCUCCCCCCAGCACCUGAGGGUGGGAGGCUGGCUCUAACCCGACGUGCAGGACACGCAGGAAGCGGCCGCUGGGGGUGGGCUGUUCAAUCCCCAGGCUCUGCUGAUGCAGAAGGGCUGCAGAGCCACACGCUGGUACCCUAACCUCAUUCUGUUCUGGCGUGCGUGUUUUGUUUUUCUUAUUCGGAAGUGAUAUCCUGUUUUUACUUCCACUUGUUGCUCUUCUGUGGAGGGGAGUUUUAAACGGUGGUUUCCAGGAUGCUGGACGUUUGGGGUGGUUAUAUUUGGGGGGAAAACGGAAAACCGCUUUGGCCCCAAAGAAGCAGCUUUCCCAAAAAAAGAGAUAGUAUGUAGAAAAGCCCCAUUUUCUUUUUAUUUAAAUAUCCUAAAUAUAUCACGAAGGAACAUACACUGCACUUUAAUGGUAAAAAGAUACAAGUUUAUAACAUCUUAUAAAAACUACCAUUUAAAAGUGAUCUUGUUCAUUUGAUAUUCCCCUCCCCCCAUAGCAAAAUAAGUAUAUUAAAAAAAAAGAAAGAGAGAGAGGGAGGGAGAGGGCAGAGAGGAAGAGUUGGAAGGGAUUAAGAUAAAAGCCCCAGGACUGCAGCAGAGGCAAAGAGCGUCUGGGGAGAGGGUUAGAAGUUGUGGCGGGACCCCCCACAUCUCAUUUAACCCUCCAAUGUCAAGCCAUAGGGCACAAUCAGUAGCUAUGUGAUGAAAGAGGCUGUUGGGGGGGCGGACGGAGAAGAAUUGGGGUGCAGGGAAGGGCAGGGCUGGUAGGGCCCCGUACAAGGGCCCCCCCAGAACUGGUGCUCUUUCCCAGGUCCCCAAAUUCCACGUCCUGGUCUCUGAGAGCCUGCCCUAGCUCCCUUUCCCUUCACUCCAAAUGCACCUGAGGCAUCUGUCCAGUGCUAGACCCCACCAGCUGAGGAGGGCUGGGGCGUUGGGCCCAGAAGCCUCUGCAGCGCUCUUCGUCUGUGGUUUCCCUAGGGCAUAAGUGGGGCUUCUGGGCCCUCUGGGAGGCUGAAUCACUCCUUU